CGCUCGAGUGCUGGGAGACGUAGAAAACUAAAGCACCUCCCGGGCUUGGGACAGGAGACGCUAACUCUGUCGACAUAAGGCUCCCCACCCCUCUCCCCGGCCUCGCUGGGGGCGGGGUGGCAAAAUGUUUCUGUGACGUCAGCAUGCGCAGGACCAAUCCCCCUGCCCGGGAGACGUUAAAUCGUUUGCAAGAGUCGUCAGUCAUUGGUCUGUCCGGCCAUCUGGGCUGUCCCAGCUUUUUAAAGGCGCCGCCUAACGGAACCGAAACCAGGAGUCGAGAAACGAGGGUUGUGAGCCCAGGCCCAGCCCCUCCACCUCCCUGCCCCCUGAUGAGACCAUGGGUUCUAGCAGUGACUAAGUGGCCACCUUCUGCCCCUGUGGGUCACUGGCGAUUCUCUACAAGACCUAGCAGCAGUCCAGGCCAGCUCUGGGGAAGCAGCUGCUGCCCCGACCAUCACACCUCUCUGUGGGACAGCCUUGGCCACGAGGGGCACCUGGCCAGCCCACCUGCCCAGGAUGAGCACUUACCCUCCCAGCAGCUGCUGCCCCGACCGUCACACCUCUCUGUAGAGGAGCACAGAGCCUCAGCUCCUGCCGGCAGGAGCCCCCGAAUGCUGCACCCAGCCACCCAGCAGAGCCCGUUCAUGGUUGAUCUCCAAGAACAGGUGCACCAGGGACCUGUCCCUCUGUCCUACACAGUCACCACAGUGACUACCCAAGGCUUCCCCUUGCCUACAAGCCAACACAUCCCUGGCUGCAGUACCCAGCAGCUCCCAGCAUGCUCCGUGAUGUUCAGUGGGCAGCACUACCCCCUCUGCUGCCUCCCACCUCCGCAGCUGAUCCAGGCGUGUACCAUGCAGCAGCUCCCUGUGCCCUAUCACACCUACCCCCACCUCAUCUCCAGCGACCACUACAUUCUUCAUGCCCCGCCAGCCCCACCCCCCCAACCUACCCACAUGGCACCUCUUGGGCAGUUCGUAUCCCUGCAGACCCAGCACCCUCGAAUGCCCCUGCAGCGGCUAGAAACUGACAUGGACCUUCGAGGGGAUCAACACCCCUUAGGGAGCUUCACGUACUCCACCUCGGCCACCGGCCCAGCCUUGUCGCCCUCAGUGCCCCUUCACUACCUGCCCCCUGACCCGCUGCACCAGGAGCUGUCCUUUGGUGUGCCAUAUUCGCAUAUGGUGCCGCGAAGAGUGAGCACACAACGAUACCGCCUGCAGCAGCCGCUGCCGCCGCCGCCACCCCCACCGCCGCCGCCAUCUUACUACCCAAGCUUCCUCCCCUACUUCCUCUCAAUGCUGCCAAUGUCGCCUGCCGCCAUGGGCCCCACCAUCAGCCUGGACCUGGACGUGGAUGACGUGGAGAUGGAGAACUACGAGGCUCUCUUGAACCUAGCUGAGCGGCUGGGAGAUGCCAAGCCCCGAGGCCUCAGCAAAGCGGACAUAGAGCAGCUGCCAUCCUACCGCUUCAACCCCGAAGGCCAUCAGUCCGAGCAGACUCUGUGUGUGGUCUGCUUCAGUGACUUCGAGGUGCGCCAGCUGCUCCGAGUCCUCCCCUGCAACCACGAGUUCCAUGCCAAGUGUGUUGACAAGUGGUUGAAGGCCAACCGCACCUGUCCCAUCUGCCGGGCCGAUGCCUCCGAGGUGCCCAGGGAGGCUGAGUGAGGCUCCACAGCCACCCACAAGAACCCUGCCCAAAGCUCCGGAAACGGAUGGGGGGAGGCAGGGAGUAGCCCAGGGAGAACUGUAAGGGAGGGGCCCAGGCUGUCGCAGCAUUCCACCUGCAGCUCCAGAGCUGGUGCCAGGGUCAGCCCUGGAGAAGCCCCUGCAAUAAGCCCCUGCAUUUGCCAAGCUCCAAAGACUCCUUCCCCAGUCUGCCUGCCUGCCUGCCCGCCAUGGAGCUGCCUGAGUGGCCCCAGCUCAGUCUGCUUCUUACUCGCCCCUGGGUCCUUCUUCCUGCUGGCUCUGGGAGGCAGGAGUCCAUUCCCCACGUGUGGUGGCUGGUGUGAUCCCCACCCCCCAAGAUGGGCAGAGGAGUAGCCACCCUGGGUCAGCUGGUCUCUUGUACUGAAGUGUUCCUUGUCUGCCCUGUGGUACUGCCAGGUGUGGGGCAGAUCGCAGCCAGAGACCGUUUCCUAAGCCCCAGGUCCCAGUCCUCCUGCUUGACUGAAGACAGACUUAGGCAGUCAGCACUGCCUCUGCUGCUGUGCAGUGUGGGUCUGACUCCUCGGGACCCUCACGCCAGGCACAGCACUCCAGCCCAGCCCCAGGCUGGACAGUGUCCCAGCCAGGCUCCUUGAGCAAAUGGGUUGGGGCUCCAGCUGGGUACAUUCUGUUGUGCAGGGCCAGGCCACAAUCCGGGCAUGUCCCUGUGCUCCUGGUGGCUGCCCCGCUACCAGUGACAACGUCAGACCCGUGCUCGAUCCUCUCCCCCUCUGUCGUUUUGCAUGAACGUGAGGAACAGCAGUUUUUGUUUAUUCAUUUGGCCCAAAAUUGCGUGUAGGGGGUGUAGGGGCUAUUUAAGAGGUGUUCGGUUUUUGUUACUGUUAUUAUUUUCCCUUUGGUUUAAUAGGAGUGGGCUGGGGCAUAGGGACCAACCGGGACCAAAUGCCCAGGGGGCAGAGUAGGGUCAGGUUGUGCCGCACCAGGCCUCCGUGUGAGUGUGCCACCGGGACUGCGCUGGGUGGCUGGAAGUCACAGGGCAGAGUCGGGGGGUUCUGUGCUCAGCUGAUAACUGCCAUGCACUGUACUGCACAUGUCCCUAGAGCCUACCGGGACCGUUUGCUUUUCAGGGCAUUUCCUCUCCAGCCAGGGCCUGUCUCCCACCUGCCUGGGUGAGUCUCCUCCUAGGAAUCCCGUGAGGACAGGGAUCGGGGAGGGCGUGAACCUCCACCUCCGGGCCCUCCUGGCUGAUCCCUGCCCUCCAAGUCUGGAGGAGGUUGAGUUCCUACCCUCCUUUCAGGUCCCGUUCCUUUCCUUUCCUCCCUGCAACUGGGGUUGCUGCCCCGAGUGAGCGAACCGCGUGUGGGGCCGGCACAUCCUAGCAGGCAGCCAUUGGCGCCUGCUGCCUCAGGGAUGCUCCAACCACCCUCGUUCUCACGCAGCAGCCCUGGCCCUGCCUCCCACCCCAGCCCGCCAGGGCCAUCAGCCUGGUCCCACCCCACAAGAACCCAAAGUCUUACUGUAUAUAACUCCAGGUGAUGUUUCUAUAUUUAUAGCAGUGUCGAAAAUCCACGUGUUUUACACAGAGAACCACCUUCUCCAACCCCUUCCCUUCCUUACCCCAAAAAAAGGUUUUCCACCCCUUGUGGUUCCUGGGGCAGCGGAAUUGGCCCAUGGAUUGUGUCAGCUGCAGUGAGGAUUCCAACAAGCAGCUACCGGGGAAAUAUACUUUUUUUUUUUUUUUUUAAUCAUUUAAAAAAAUUGAAACAAUUACUUAGGAUGUUCGUGAUUUGCCGACCUUGCUGUAGAUGCCAUGUUACCAAUGAUUCCCUGUGGUGGGGGCUUGGCGUUGUUUACUCUUUAUUUACCAACUUCUGGCCUAGGCAUGACAGUGGGCACCUUCCCCCAGCACUGCUGGGCCCAGCGCCUGUGUUCUGUGUUAGAAAGGUUUUAUAUAUAUAUAUAUAUACACACACACACAUAUAACUACACACACGUAUAUAUAUAUAUAAACACGUGAUUUGGGGGCCCUGUUCCUUGCACAUCUUACAGUUACCUCAUUUUUCCCAUGUAUGUAUUUGAGAAAAUGCUAAUAUAUAGAGAAAAAUGGUUCUUAAAGCUUAAAUGUGUGGUUUUUUCCAUCCCAUUGGACUCACAUUGGUUUGUAGCAUUUAACAUAACUAGUAUGUUGUAUUAUAUAUGUGUAUACUGAUUGAAAUUUUUAACAGAUUUGUACUUUUUUUAAAAUGAAAGUUGCUAGUUCUGCUUGACCAAGUAGUGCAAUCAUUAUUUUUUUUAAUAUUGUUGCUGAUUUCAGAGGGAUAUUCACUAAUAAAUGUAUGAUGUAUACAA